GCUGUAGAGAAUCGCAGCAAAGUACUCUCGCACGCCAAUUCAUGGCCUAAACGCCAAGUCUUGGAGGCCCGUCUCUAUUUCAUCGCAAAGAUUCUUCUAUCACCGUCUCGGCCAAAAGCUUGCUACAGUCCCUCACAAACCCUAGAAAUGUCGGGCGGCUUCUUCCGGGGCACGUCGGCGGACCAAGACACUCGGUUUUCGAACAAGCAAGCGAAGCUUAUGAAAUCGCAGAAGUUUGCUCCUGAAUUGGAGCACCUGGUGGAAAUGACAAAGGUGAAGAUGGAUGUUAUCAGACCGUGGAUUGCUAAUAGGGUGACUGAGCUUCUUGGGUUCGAAGACGAAGUUCUUAUUAACUUCAUUAACAGUCUUUUGGAGAAAAAGGUAGUGAAUGGGAAGGAGGUCCAAAUUUCACUUACUGGAUUCAUGGAGAAAAAUACUGCGAAGUUUAUGAAAGAGCUAUGGACGCUUCUUCUCAGUGCACAGAAGAAUGCAAGUGGUGUUCCUCAGCAGUUUUUGGAUGCCAAAGAAGAAGAAACUAGGAAGAAGAAGGUGGAAGCAGAUAGGAUAGCAUUUGAGAUUGAGAAGAAGAAAGAUAAGGAAAGAGAACUUGAGCAAGAGAGAUUGAAGAAAAUGGACGGCAUGGUUGAUACGAGGGCAACUAACUCUGGUUUGGAGCCAAACUCAAAGCCCAGAGCUUCGAGUCACCAUCCUGAGGAUGAGGAAGAAGCUGGCAAGAGGAACAAUGGUGUGAGAGGAAGGUACAGGGUUUCUAGAUCUCCUCAUUCAGCCCGACAUUCUCCUUCAUCCCCUCGAGGCUCUCCAUCUAGGUCAAUGAGCAGAUCGUUUUCUAAUCCCAGAAGUUUUUCAGGUGGUAGACACCAGUCAAGGAGUGUAUCUAGAUCACCUGAAGCUCGAGGGCGCUCUGUUUCUUCAGAAAGGGUGUAUCGCUCCCCACAAAGACGGCCUGUGACGCCUCGUCGAAGGAAUUCGCCUUUAAAUUCCCUCUCUCCUUCAAGACGAAGAUCAUCUUAUUCUAGGCGAAGAUCUAGGUCACGCUCACUUUAUAGAUCACCUUCUCCGGUGAGGCGUCGGUUGCGUUCUCCUUUUCGUCGUAGGACACCUUCUCCUGUGCGACGCCGUAGAUCACCUUCUCCUUUUCGACGCCGUAGGUCACCUUCACCUAUCCGACGCCGUAGAUCACCUUCUCCUAUACGGCGACGGAGAUCACCUUCACCUGUGCGACGGCGAAGAACCCCAUCACCUGUUCGACGCAGAUCCCCACCUCUUGUGCAACGUAGAUCACCCUCACCUGUUCGACGUAGAUCGCCCUCACCUAUUCGGCGCAGAUCGCCUUCACCUAUUCGACGUAGAUCACCCUCUCCCUUACGACAAAGACCAUUGUCUCCUGUGCGACGGCGGUAUAGGAGAUCUCCAACACCACGGCGUAGCUCUCCAUCACUUGUGCGGCAUAGGUCACCUAUUCCUAGUCGUAGGAGAUCACCAAUUCCUUCCCGGCGUAGGUCUCCACCCCAUGAAUCAAGUUCUCCAUCUCCCAUACAACGUACCUCUCCAUCACCAGUUAGGAGGAAAUCUCCAAAGCACCAGAGGAGCCCUCCCCAAUCAUCCAAAGAAAGGAUCAGGGCACAUGAAAAAUUGUCUCCUCUGGCACAGCGAUCCUCUAGUUCUUUGAGAUCACCACAGAGAGAUGCACGGAAUCGGAGUGAAACCCGCAAUAAAGUGUCAGUUUCGAUGUCUUCACCAGAGAAGUCUCCAACUCCCUCAAAAUCUCCACCACAGGCAAGGAAAAGGGUUCCCAGUGAAGAUAGGAGGUCAUUUAGUCCAUACAAGAGUAGUCCUGUGAGGCAAGCAGGGAAGCAAAUGAUUCGUGAUGGCAGCGUCAGUCCUGCACGAAAAUCUCGUCAUGACAGUCUAGAAAUAAGUGAAGAGGGGGAAGAACCUAAAUAUGCCAGGGAGGAGGAUGUUGAUCAUAAAUCUAAGGCUUCGCAUAAAAGGUCCGUGCAUUCAUCUGCUGUCAACAAGCAGAAAGAUUCACCUGUGAAGGUUCCUUACAAGGAAGGACAUUCUCCUAAAAACAUAGCAGAUUAUCGGGCUACUGGAUCCCAGGCUCGUUCUGAUAACAUGGAGUUGAGAAAGAAAGAAGAGGAGACAAAAAGUGAGAAAUCUUCUAGGAGGGGGGUUCGUCCUGAAUCUCCUGGUCAACAUACGUCACCCACAUUGUAUAAAGAAUCUUUAGUAGGUGAUAGGCAACAUCCACCAUACCCUGGAGAUGGUAAAAUAUCUGAUGAGAAGAACCGGUCUCGUUCAAACGAUGUGGAUAACAGUAGACGUCGUUCAGAAACUGUACAAGAUUCUGUUGGAAAACUUUAUCAUAAUAAACAGGCUGCUCCAGAUGAUUCCAGUUCUGAGGAAAGUGAUAAGCACAGAACUGAAGAGAAGAAAAGGAGAAAGCAUAAAAGAUCUGAGAGGAAAGAGGUUGCUUCAGAUGAUAGUUAUGAUUCUGAAUUAGAGGAUAGGAAGGGGGCUAAGAGGAGAAGGAAGGAGGAAAAGAAACUUCGGAAGGAGGAAAAACGUCGACGGCGUGAGGAAAGACGUCGUAAAAAGGAAGAACGGCGUGCAGAGAAGCUGAAAGUGAAGAAUAAGGAUGAUGCUUAUGCUUCUGAUGGUGAACAUUCUGCAAGGAGGGAGUCUUAUCCAAGUGAUGAUGAAGACAUGCAGGCUGAGCAGGCAAAGCUUGAGAUUGAGUUACGGAAGAAGGCUCUCGAAUCACUUAAAGCUAAGAAGGGCAUCAGUCACUAAAUUUUUUGCUGCCUCUGGGGCAUUAAGCCGUUCUUUUUCCUUAAAUCAACUUUUUUUUUUCUUUUUUAAAUUCCUGUUGAACGUUAGCAAUUAAGUUUUCUGGGAUGUUUAUGUCUUAAAUGGAAGCAGUUUGAUAUAUUGGUUACUGUUUGAUGUAUUCUAUGUUUACUGCUGGCAGCUGAAAUGGAUAAAUGAGGAUUUCCUGAGCUAUUCUCUUGAGUGCAACUUUAUGCAGAACUUGCUGCUAGAUUUUCUGAUGAAAAUAAUGUCAACUACAUGAUUUGGUUGAGCAGACCAUGUGCAGAUCCACAUUCUGAACAUCAAUUCAGCUUGAGAGUUGUUCCUUGGACUUUGUUAUCUGAAAUACUUCAUGGUGCUUUAGUUGUUGGACUCAUCCUGACCUGAUUUCUGCUGUAAGGUCUAUAGAGAUGGUUUAUGUAUGUGUAUGUGAUGAUUAGUUCUGUAUGAGAAUAUAUAUGACUUUAUCUUUAUGGGCAGUUGUUUUCAGGCUUCCA